AUGGCUUCUUCCACUAUCGCCCUCGUGCCUUCGCCGGCCUCAUUCAACGGCGCUCCUUACCUCUCGGAGCUGCCUGCCAUGCCUACCGAUCUGCCUGGCACCGACAUCAAGCGUGCUCCUCUCGAUAGCUUCCGUAUCGCCAUCGCACAGCACGUCUCUUCCUCCCUCGGCGUCGACCUGAACGCUGCCCUCGUCGCUGUGGGUACCGGCAAGAUCGGCGACUACACUGUCGCCGUACCUCGAUUCAAGCUCCCUGGCAAGCCCAACGAGAUCUCGGAAAAGGCGGCAGCCGCGUUCCAGCCCAACGAGUUCCUCUCGAAGGUCGAAGCAAAGGGUCCCUUCCUCCACUACUUCUUGAACAGCAAGACGCUCAUCAAGCUCACUCUCCAGACUGUCCACGUCAUGACCCACGGGUAUGGUGCUCCUCGAGACGAGCAAGGCAACACCCAGCCAAGCUACGGUACCAACCGUGACGGCGAGGGCAAGAACAUCAUUGUCGAGUUCUCUUCGCCCAACAUCGCAAAACCCUUCCACGCCGGUCACCUGCGAUCCACCAUCAUCGGCGCCUUCCUCUCCAACUUGUACAAGGCCAACGCAUGGAACGUCGCCAAGUACAACUACCUCGGUGACUGGGGUAAGCAAUUCGGUCUGCUCGCUGUCGGUUGGAAGCUCUUUGGUGACGAGCAAAAGCUUCAAGAGGAUGCUGUCAACACCCUCUUCGAUGUUUAUGUCCGCAUCAACAAGCUCGCCAGCGAGGAGGAGGAUGGCAAGGGCGAGAAGAUCCACGACGAGGCCCGGCAGUUCUUCAAGAAGAUGGAGGAUGGCGACAAGGAGGCGCUCGCUCUCUGGCAAAAGUUCCGCGAUCUCUCCAUCAAAAAGUACAUUGAGGUGUACGACCGACUCAACGUCCAAUUCGAUGUCUACUCGGGCGAGUCGCAGGUGACCAAGGAGAACAUUGUCAAGUCGCUCGACCAGCUCAAGACGCACGACUUCGUCACGCGAGAGGACAACGGAGCGCUCUUGGCCGAUCUGUCCAAGUACAAGCUCGAAAAGGCCGUCAUCGAGCGACGAGACGGAACACCGCUCUACAUCACCCGAGACAUUGCCGAGGCCGCGCAGCGAUUCGACAAGAGCUUCGACGGCAAUGGGUUCGACAAGAUGAUCUACGUCGUUGCGUCGCAACAGGAUCUGCACCUGGCGCAGUUCUUCAAGGUGCUCGAGCUGAUGGGCUACGAGUGGGCGCAGAAAGAGACCAGCCGACUGCAACACAUCAACUUCGGUAUGAUCCUCGGCAUGUCGACUCGAAAGGGAACCGUGGUUUUCCUCGACAACAUCCUCGAUGAGACGCGCGACAAGAUGCACGAGGUGAUGCGAGCGAACGAGGCCAAGUAUGCCCAGGUGGAGAAUCCGGAGCGCACCGCCGAUAUUGUCGGGAUGACGGCGGUCAAGAUCCAGGACAUGGCAAGCAAGCGCAUCAACAACUACAACUUUGACUGGUCGCGCAUGCUCUCGUUCGAAGGCGACACCGGUCCCUACCUUCAGUACAACCAUGUGCGAUUGUGUUCGGUGGAACGCAAAGCGAAGGAGUCGGACAACCUCGAACUGCCCACCUCCGACCUCGACCUGUCGAGUAUCAACCUGGAUCUCAUUGCCGAGCCCAAGGCAAGGGAUCUCGUGAUGCUCCUCGCCCAAUGGCCCGACACCGUCAAAGCCGCCAUGAAGGACCACCAGCCUUCGACCAUCGUGACGUACGCCUUCAGGUUGACGCAUCUGAUCUCGAGCUGCUGGGAAUUCUUGCUGGUGAAAGGGCAGGAGAAGGAUUUGGCGCUCGCCAGGCUGUUCGUGUUCAGGUGCUGCAAGGACGUGCUCGGGAGUGCACUGCGACUGUUGACCAUCACGCCGCUUGACAGGAUGUAA